AUGAAAGAAGAAAUGGUUCAAGUCCAUUUAAGAAUAGAGGUUGUUAAUAUCGACGAUUCAACAAACCAAACUCUAAGUAAUUUGAAAAGUCUUAGAGAGUUAAAGAGUUUUUUAAAUAGAAACAGUCAAUAUAUAAUAGAGGAGAAUGAAGGUGUAGAUGAAAAUGAUAGACCUUCUUAUAAAAUCAGAAUCGAUAAGAGUAUUAAUAAUAGUAACAGCAAUUAUAAUAGUAAUAAUAAUAACAGCAAUUAUAAUAGUAAUAAUAGUACCAGAAAUUAUAGCAGCAAUUAUAAUAGUAAUAAUACCAUUAAUAAUACCAUUAAUAAUAGUAUUAAUAAUACCAUUAAUAAUAGUAUUAAAAAUACCAUUUAUAAUAGUAUUAAUAAUAACAAUAAUAAUAACAAUAAUGAUAAUGAUAAUGAAAAUAAUAAUAAUGAAAAUAAUAAUGAAAAUAAUAAUAAUAAUGAAAAUAAUAAUGUGGAAAGUGAUUCACAAAAUAAUGAGGAAGAUGAAAAUAAUCAAAAGAUUGGUUGGUUUAAAUCACUUUUAAGAAUUGGUUUUAAAAAAGAUGCAUUCAAAAGAGUUGAGAUGGAUAAUAAUUUAGAUUUUUCAAAAUUAUUAAUAGAAAAAAACAAUAAAAUACUCAGCGAUAUUAGAAAUGAAAAGGGCCAAACACUUCUCAAUUUUGCAUCACAUUUAAAUAAUACUGCUGUGGUUAAGGAUUUAUUAAAGAUUUUUGUAGAUCAAAACAAAAUGGAUAAAGAGGGACUUACAGCUUUGCAUCAUUCAGUAAUUAAUAAUAAUUUAGAAAUAGGUUCAGAAUUAUUAAAUUUUAGUGCAAAUCCAAAUACUUUAUCAAUAAAUUAUUAUACACCCUUAAUUUUGGCAAUUCAAAGAAAAUAUGACAACUUUGUAGAAUUCUUCUUUGAAAAAAGGUUACCAUCUGAUUUAUUACCAGCAAAUUAUAAAUUGUAUAAAAGAAAUAUACCAAUCGAGCCAGAUUUUUGCGAUUCAAAUUCAGCAACACCAUUAAUGUGGUCAAUUAGAAGUGAUAAUAUCCAUGCUCUUCGAUUAUUAUUAAAGAAUGGAGCAACACUAAAGUUAAGGGACUCUAAAGGAAGAACUGCAUCGUAUAUAGCAAGAAAGUGUGGCAACAUUGAUGUAUUUAGAUAUUUAAAUGAAUGGUUUCAACUAGAAAAAGAUACAAAGUUUAGAAUUAGAUUCACAAGAACUAUAAAGACCAAAGAAGAGGCCAAAAACGAUAAGAAGAGAAGAGAUGACGAAAAGAAAGAAAUAUUAAGGCUUAGAAAUAAUAGAUUGGAAAUGGCAAGAAGAGAAGAAGAGAGAGAAGAAAGAGAAAUCAGAGAAAAGCAAAGAAAAGAAAGAGAAAGAAGACAAAAAGAAUGGGAACUCAAUGAAGAGUAUAUUAAAGAAAUAGUGUUGGUACGUGACAAAUUUAUUUUAGAUAAUACUUUUCAAUAUGAUCAUAGUUUAAAUGGUGAUUUAAAUGGGACAUUGGAAUUUUUAAAUGAUUAUUUUUUAUUUGAAUAUGACCCAAAUGAUCCAAAAAAAAAGAGAAAGAGAAAGAGAAUAAUCGACUAUAACAAAACAGUCUAUUAUGGUUUUCCAGGAUUUGAAGAUAGCGAUGAAGAGUUUGGACCUAGAACAAACCCAAAUUUCAAUAUAUCAGCAUUUGAUAAAAAAAAAAGUAUUCCCAACGAAAAAAAAAGGAUAUAUAGAUUAAACGAUCCAAAUUAUAAUAUCACCCGUAUAACAGAAGUCAUUGACCGUUUAUUCCAUAACUUCAACACCGAUACAAGGGAGCGAUACUGUUCCAAUAGAAUUUGUGAGAAUUGCCGCACAACCAUUGAUGAAGGAUAUAAUCAUAUUUGUAAUAUAGGGUUAUUUUUUAAUGAAGAAAUUGAAUUCAAUAAAGAUGAAGUCAUUAUUUUCUAUAAGAAGAUCUAUGUUGAUGCACCAGUAAAUGGUGUUAAACUACCUUUCAAGAAUUCGGUAUUAUCAAGAAAUUUAAUUGGUCAUUAUACAAUUGGCUCAUAUAAACCAAAAAAAAUCUAUAUAGAACCAGUACCUCAAUUAUAUAAUAGUAGUUGUCAAUUACGUGGUGAAACCAAAAAAAAGUUUUACGAAUAUAUGGAAUUUUUAUUUUCUCAAAAUUUUUUAAAUUACGAAUUAAAAAGAAAAGAAUUUAAAAAACAACAAAAACAAAAUAAACAAAAAUCAAAAAAUAAUAUUGAUGGUAAUAAUAUUAAUAAUAAUAAUAAUAAUAAUAAUAGUAAUAUUUUACAAUUACCAUUUGCAACCACUACUACCACUACAACCACUACAACCACUACAACCAAUACCACUACUACAGCUCCUACAGUCUCAAAUUCAUCAAUUACAACAUUGGCACAGGAUGCAGGUAGCAUCAGUUAUGGGAAAAUAAAGCCAAAUUCCGAAAAAUUUAGUAAAAAAAUGUGUAAUUUGUGCAAUAUUUAUUCAAUAGAUUGUGUUUUAAGUUGUGGUCACCGAGUAAUUUGCAGUAAUUGCUCUUUUAAUAUCAAAGGUUGUCCACAAUGUUAUUCAAAUAUUAAAAAAGUAAAGUAUUUUAAACCAAAAGAAAAUAAAUAA